UCAGCUGCCCGCUCUCACACACCAAGCUGCUUCGCAUUCGAGUCAUACCAAGCAUAUCCUGCAUGUCUGUGCAGUCAACUUGCAGCGGGCUGUGAGGGAGGAGCAGGAGGAGGAAUUGUGAGCUGGCGUGUUGUCUCUGUCACAAUUCAGCCUUCUUCACCAUGAACUCAAGAGUUUCUUCCCUGUGAGGAGAGGGGAUUGGAAGCAAGUCUCCUUUCGUUUUUAAAACAAAACCCUCUCCCCACUCGGUUUUCUAGGAAGGUACAACUUUAAAAAAAUAUAUAUUUCUGAAAGGCUGGGGCCUUCAGCUUUGAAGAGAGAGAGAGAGAGAGAAAGGGAAAGAAAAAGAAAAGGAGAGAGGGGGAGGAGGGAAACAAACACAGCCAGGACAGAGCUAGUUUGAAGUGGACCUGGUGAAGCAAACAGCUGGUCUUUUUGCUAUCUAGUAAAUGCUACUUAAGAAAAUGGACUUGUUGAACUAUCAGUACUUGGACAAGAUGAGUAACAAUAUUGGCAUCCUCUGCUUUGAAGGUGAAGCUGCAUUAAGGAGCGACAGUAGGAUGCAGUCGAUCCCGGCCAACCAUCGUACGGGACCGCCACCCAUCAGCCCCAACAAGAGGAAGUUCAGUGGAGACCACGGAGAUGAUGAUGUGGAAAGUGAGAAUGAACAAGUCUCCAAAACAAGCAGGUUAUAUGUCCAAGUGAGCAAGCCUGUCAACGGGGACUUUCGUAAAGAUCCACAACGAGAGCGAAGCCGGAGCCCGAUAGAACGUGCCGCAAUGUCAACCAUGAGCCAUCUCAGCAAUCAUGCCUAUGCUGGCAUAGGACUAGCAAGUAUGUCAAUGGAACAGCCUCUAGCACUGACCAAAAAUAGCAUGGAUACAACUCGGACAGUCAGCAUUGGCGUGGAACGACAGCAGAAUCGGCCGUCCGUAAUUACAUGUGCAUCUGGUAACAAUCGUAACUGCAACCUUUCCCAUUGCCCUAUUGCUCACAAUGGUUGUGUUCCAGCAAUGCCCCAAAGCUACAGGAGACCCUCCAAUUCUUCCAUAUCCACUGCUACAACCUGUGACCCUGUUGUGGAAGAACACUUUCGCCGAAGCCUUGGGGAGAAAUACAAGCAGCCAGAGCCGGUGACGAAUUCUGUUUCCAUCACCGGAUCAGUGGAUGAUCACUUUGCCAAAGCUCUCGGAGAAACAUGGCUUCAGAUCAAGGCUGCCAAAGAUGGAGUUUCCAGCAGCCCCGAUUCUGGUUCACGAAGGGGACAAUCCUCGCCCUCCUCCCACAUGGUCAAUCACAAUCACUCCCCUUCGGUGGUUUCAUGAAGGGCGGGUGGGCGGGCAGACCAACCACGUUGCAUUCUCCACCCAGUGAACUGCAUGGUUUGACUGAGCUUGAACACUGCUAAAUAAGUGGGGGAAGGGGGAUUUUUUUAAAUUUUUUUUUUAAACAGACACUUUUGUGUAUUUGCUUAGCAUUUGCAAAAGGGUGCCCUAAAAAAAGAAAUAGCAGGAGCUAUACAUAUACAUUGUAUGAUGUAGCAUCCUAAUCUCCUGCCUCAGUUACCAAAGAAACCUCUGAUGCAAUUCUGCUGCCCCAAAAAGCCAUGUUAAGAUUGGUUGACCCAAACGCUUUGGCCUCUGCUAGUUUCUUUGACUAGAAUUUGUGUGGUUUGCUUACAAUGCUUUUCUGUUAUGUCAUUUUAUAUGUUUAUAUACUUGAAAAGAACUGUAUGUCUGAUUUGCACUAUUGGGGGAGUGGUGAGGUUGCUUGUCAACCUUACAUCAGAUUUUCUUGUUAGAUGGCAGACUGCUGACAAUGAGGGCUUAGUAUCAUGUGCUUUAGAGGCAAAGCAACUUUGGAAGGGAAAGUCUCAUACAGGUAUAAGUCUUUCUCUAUCUUCAGAUUACAUUUUGUGCUCACAACUGGACUGCAUUUUUCUUUCAAAGAACACGGGCAUUUUAUUUUCCCCUGCACCCUUCAUCUGUAUUUUGUCAGCUUGUUCAAAUAGAUUUGAGAUAUGAAGGGCAAUAGUGCUUCUAUACAAGUAGCUGCAUGAUUAAAAAAAAAUAGCUGGUAUCUAUAUUGUAUAGGCAUAACGAGCACUAGAGCUUUUUCUUCAGAAUUGUAGUUUAUUUUCAACAGUAAAAUUCCUAGAUACUUACUGCUGGUACAGUUUUACGCAAUGACAUAUAAGCAUGUGUUCACACUGGUAGAAGCCAGCAAAAGGGGAAAGCCUCGGGAAAGGCCUGCACAUAAUAUUCAGUGGAUUAUAACUUCCAUGGUACAGGUGACAAUAGCUUUGUGCAUGACUGAAUUAAUAUUGCGUAAUGAAUACAAUUUGCUUAACAAAGUAAUAAACUAUCUCCCAUGACUUUCACGGUUUAUUUAAAUCUAAAGUGUUUGGGCUUUGAUGUGGUGAUGCAGAUUGUCAUGGCUUGCAGAAUACAAUUUUAAUGAUUUUUUUUCGAUGCUUACUGUAGUCCUGUGCCAAUGUGUACAUUCCUCCAAUAGUCUAGAGCUGUUUUGUUUGCUGUUUUAAUAGCUACUCCCAACUACGAGAGGCAGAGGUACAGGAAGGAGCUGUGUAAUGCUUUAUAGCUUCCCAAUUUAGACAAAGUCACACAUGCCCAUACAUUCCGUCGCCCCAGUAAAAAACCGUACACAUUUCAUCGCCACCUUACUGGGCAGUUACCGCUGGUCCGCUUUGGCAUUCAGUACCCUACUCUGUAGGUAAAUCACUAAAUGAACUCUUUUUAUAUAGGUAACUAUAAGACCAUCAUUACGCUGUGCGUAAAGAAUGUACAAACAAAAUUCUUAGGUAUUUUUUGAGGAACAAUUAAUUUGUUAAUGAUGUGUAGCUAUUUAAUUUUCCCUAUCCUUUUUGUUGUAAUCAUGCAGUUUUUUUUUGUUUAGAGAAAAAAAAGUUGAUCUUUUUUGUUUGGUGUAGAUUUGUCUGAUAUAAGGUAAAAGUGCAGGAACACAGUUAUCUAUGGAAACACUGCAUUAGUAUUAAUAGCCACUAGUUCAUUACUGCUACAGGCUACUGAGCAUUACAUUGGUAGAAGGCUGUAGAUGCUGUCUGUGAACUCUAUGCGUCUGGUCACUUGGCUGUUUUUAUAAAAAUAUACGAGACAACUGAACAAGAAUACAAACAACAAUCCAGGGAUUGUGGACUAAUUAUAAAUUUUGUGGAGACGUCAACAUGUUCUGAAAUGUAUAGACCAAAAUGUUCUGAAAUGUAUGAAAUCUAGGGACAAUUUUCAUUAUUAGGGACAUCUGAAAUGUCUACAAUGUACUUGCUGUUCGUUUCAGUUUGUAAAUUUGAACUCUAUCCCUCUUGUUUGCGGCCUUGUUUCACCCAAAAUGGAAAAAAAAAGCUUUUGACGGGCCACUUUUUGUACUUAAAGUAGCCUCAAAGAACAAUAAAGUGCUCUUAAAUCAUA